CCCUCUCAUGUGACCUGCUCCCGCGUCCUCCCACGUGACUUAUCUGUCACACGUCACGUGGGCCGCCUUUUCACGUGACCUCGAUGACGCUCCGUCGCUGAGGAAGAUGGCGGCGGCGGAGGAGGACGACGAGGUGGCGUUUGAUGAUGAUGUGGAGGAGAGUGGAAGUGGCGCAGAGAGUGGACAUGGCAGAAGAAAAAGAUUAUUUUCUAAAGAAUUGAGAUGUAUGAUGUACGGCUUUGGGGAUGAUCAGAAUCCUUAUACUGAAUCGGUGGACAUCCUGGAGGAUCUUGUCAUAGAAUUUAUCACUGAAAUGACGCACAAGGCCAUGUCGAUAGGACGUCAGGGACGAGUCCAAGUAGAAGAUAUUGUCUUUCUCAUUCGUAAAGAUCCUCGGAAGUUUGCAAGAGUGAAAGACCUGCUGACAAUGAAUGAAGAAUUGAAACGUGCCAGGAAAGCUUUUGAUGAAGCUAAUUAUGGCUCUUAGGUCCACACAGAGGAGCAAAUAGUAAUGCACUUUAGACUAUCUCUGAAACACGUACCUGAAGCACAAUGUUUCAUCUCAAGAUCGUACUUCAAAUAUCACAAGGUGCCGCAGGGAACUUCAACGUCUACAGCACAGCAGAGAGUCUGAAGAUGGGCCCCGACCCGAAACGUCGCCUAUCCUUGUUCUCCACAGGUGCUGCCUGAACUGCUGAGUUACUCCAGCAUCUUCUCUUUUUUUGCAGAUUAAUUUCCUUUUUUGUAAUCACAAUGUAAACAUUGUUAUUGGCUGAAGAAUUGAAUGGAGCAAUCCUUGUAGCUUGGCCUUUAUGUACCUAUCAGGAAACAGUAUAUUAGACAUUAACUAAGUUGGUCUGGUCUGCAGCAGUAACUGUUAUGGAAAUCUAAUGCCUUGGCCUUAAUGAAAAACAAAUAGUGUAAUGGAAUUUGAGUGCAAGAAAUAAUUGGACCAGAAAUAAUUCCAUACCCAAUUUAAAGGUAUACAUUCUGUCCAUAAUAAUUUAUAAUAGGACUCAAUUUAUGUAUUUUGGAAUAGAAAGUGACAUUUAACCUUGUCUUGUGAUUGUAACUCCUGCAAGUGAUGCCACAUAGAAACAUAGAAAUUAGGUGCAGGAGUAGGCCAUUCGGCCCUUCGAGCCUGCACCGCCAUUCAAUAUGAUCAUGGCUGAUCAUCCAACUCAGUAUCCCUGCCACAGCACCAUCGCUGAGAUAACGUAUAAAGAGAUUUUGACAGGUUUACGUUAACGUUUUUAAAAUAAAUGUGGAUGUUUUCAUGUGUGAUCCUGACAGGAAGUAUGCAUAGGUAAUAUUUGCAUAAAGGCACAAAGCAAAAUAUCACAAGGCAUUUCUCCCUGUGACCACAUAGGUUUCCUCCUGAUACUCCAGUCCUUCCAUAUCCCAAAGACAUGUGGGUUUGUAGGUUAAUUAGCCUCUAAAUUGCCCCCAGUAUGUAGGGAGUGUAAAGUGGGAUAACAUAGAACUAUUGAGAACGGGUGAUCGAUGUUUAGUGUGGACUCGGUGGGCUGAAGGGCCUGUUUCCAUGCUGUAUCUCUAAACUGAAUCAUGGAGAUUUGUUUUGGAGCCGAUUUGCUUUUUUUUUUAGUAGCUACUUACCUUUUAUAUGGUCCUCGACAUUUUGGGAAAAGUGUUUGUUUGAAUUUUGGAGCCUUUCCAAAAAAUUCAUAUCGUCGAACCAAUGGGUAAUUGAUGAAAUAAAAACGUACAAGAUAUUGUGCACAUUCAAGUUUA